GAAUCCUAAAACCAAAAUAUUAGAACGAAAACAGAAGCAUGGCUCACCAUAUUUCAUUUCUUUGGAUAUUUUUGGUCCUGCUUCUUCAGAAUUCUGUAUUAGCUGAAGAUGGGGAAAUAAGAUCAAGUUGUCGUACUGCUCCGACAGAUUUAGUUUUCAUCUUAGAUGGCUCUUACAGUGUUGGCCCAGAAAACUUCGAAAUAGUGAAAAAGUGGCUUGUCAAUAUCACAAAAAACUUUGACAUAGGACCGAAGUUUAUUCAGGUUGGUGUGGUCCAGUAUAGUGACUACCCUGUAUUGGAGAUUCCUCUUGGAAGUCAUGAUUCAGGAGAGAAUUUGAUGGCAGCAGUGGAAUCCAUACAUUACCUGGGCGGAAACACAAGAACUGGAAAGGCCAUCCAGUUUGCACUUGAUUACCUUUUUGCCAAGUCCUCACGGUUUCUGACUAAGAUAGCAGUAGUACUUACAGAUGGUAAAUCCCAAGAUGAAGUUAAAGAUGCAGCAGAAGCAGCAAGAGACAGUAAAAUAACAUUAUUUGCUAUUGGUGUUGGUUCAGAAACAGAAGAUGCAGAACUUAGAGCAAUUGCCAAUAAGCCUUCAUCUACUUAUGUGUUUUAUGUGGAAGACUAUAUUGCAAUAUCCAAAAUAAGGGAGGUGAUGAAGCAGAAACUUUGUGAAGAAUCUGUUUGUCCAACACGAAUUCCAGUGGCAGCUCGCGAUGAGAAAGGGUUUGAUAUUCUUUUAGGCUUGGGUGUAAAGAAAAAGGUUAAGAAAAGAAUACUGCUUUCACCAACAAAGAUAAAAGGAUAUGAAGUGACAUCAAAAGUUGACUUAUCAGAAUUCACAAGCAAUGUUUUCCCCGAAGGUCUUCCUCCAUCAUAUGUAUUUGUCUCCACUCAGAGAUUUAAGGUCAAGAAAAUGUGGGAUCUAUGGAGAAUUUUAACCAUUGAUGGAAGGCCACAAAUAGCAGUUACCUUAAAUGGUGUGGAUAAAACGUUACUAUUUUUAACAACCAGCGUAAUUAAUGGCUCACAAGUGGUCACUUUCGCUGACCCUCAAGUUAAGACAUUAUUUGAUGAAGGCUGGCAUCAAAUUCGUCUCUUAGUAACAGAACAAGAUGUAACUCUGUAUAUUGAUGACCAACAAAUUGAAAACAAGCCCUUACAUCCAGUUUUAGGGAUCUUCAUCAGCGGGCAAACUCAAAUCGGAAAGUAUUCUGGGAAAGAAGAAACUGUUCAGUUUGAUGUCCAGAAGUUGCGCAUCUACUGUAACCCAGAACAGAACAACCGAGAGACAGCAUGCGAGAUUCCUGGAUUUAAUGGUGAGUGCCUCAAUGGUCCCAGUGAUGUAGGUUCAACCCCAGCUCCCUGUUUCUGUCCUCCAGGAAAGCCAGGACUACAAGGCCCCAAAGGUGAACCUGGACAGCCUGGGAACCCUGGCUACCCUGGACAAUCUGGUCAAGAUGGUAAGCCUGGAUAUCAGGGAAUUGCAGGAUCACCAGGUGUCCCAGGAUCUCCAGGAGUACAAGGAGUCCCAGGACUACCAGGUUACAAAGGAGAACCAGGGAGAGAUGGUGAAAAGGGUGACCGUGGACUUCCUGGUUUUCCUGGGCUUCAUGGAAUACCAGGAUUAAAGGGUGAAAUGGGCCCCAAAGGAGAUAAAGGAUCAACUGGAUUUUAUGGCAAAAAGGGUGCAAAAGGUGAAAAGGGAAAUGCUGGAUUUCCUGGCCUUCCUGGACGUGUUGGAGAACCAGGAAGACAUGGAAAGGAUGGAUUAAUGGGUAGUCCUGGUUACAAGGGAGAAGCAGGACCUCCAGGUGCUCCAGGUCAGGAUGGAUCACGAGGAGAGCCUGGAAUGCCAGGAUUUCCUGGAAACCAAGGAUUAAUGGGACAGAAAGGAGACAUUGGGCCUCCAGGACCACUAGGAAAGAAAGGAGCUCCAGGGAUUCCUGGUUUGAUGGGACAUGAUGGCUCACCCGGUCAGCCUGGAACACCAGGAUCUAAGGGAAAUAAAGGUGAACCUGGACUUCAAGGGAUGCCUGGGGCUUCUGGACUAAAGGGAGAACAAGGAGCAGUAGGUCCCGCAGGAGAACCAGGGUACCUGGGUUUGCCUGGAAUUCAAGGGAAAAAGGGGGACAAAGGAAGUCAAGGUGAAAGAGGCAUUCAGGGCCAAAAGGGAGAAAAUGGAAGACAAGGGAUCCCAGGGCAACAGGGAAUUCAAGGCCAUCAUGGUGCAAAAGGAGAGAGAGGUGAAAAGGGAGAGCCUGGUGUCAGAGGUGCCACUGGACCAAAAGGAGAGUCUGGGGUGGAUGGCCUGAUGGGGCCUGUGGGUCCCCAGGGGCAGCGUGGGGAAGCGGGUCCUCAGGGACCUCCAGGAUUGGAUGGGAAACCUGGGAGAGAAUUUUCAGAACAGUUUAUUCGACAAGUUUGCACUGAUGUAUUAAGAGCUCAGCUACCAGUCUUACUUCAGAGUGGAAGAAUUCAAAGUUGUGAUCAUUGCCAGUCCCAACAUGGUUCCCCUGGCAUUCCUGGGCCACCUGGUCCCAUAGGCCCGGAAGGUCCUCGAGGAUUUCCUGGUUUGCCAGGAAGAGAUGGUGUUCCUGGGUUAGUGGGUGCUCCUGGACGUCCAGGUGCCAGAGGAUUAAAAGGUCUACCAGGAAGAAAUGGGGCAAAAGGGAUCCAAGGGUUUGGAUACCCCGGAGAACAAGGUCCUCCUGGUCCCCCAGGUCCAGAGGGCCCUCCUGGAAUAAGCAAAGAAGGUCCUCCAGGAGACCCAGGUCUCCCAGGCAAAGAUGGAGAUCAUGGAAAACCCGGAAUCCAAGGGCAACCAGGACCCCCUGGCAUCUGCGAUCCAUCGCUAUGUUUUAGUGUGAUUGUCGGAAGAGAUCCAUUUAGAAAAGGACCAAACUAUUAG